AUGUCAAUGCAUCAAUCUGAAUCUAAGUUUAUCCAAAACAUCAUUGAAGAGAUUUCAAAACACGUAUUAAACCGUGUGCCUUUGGAAGUGGCAGAGCAUCCAGUUGGAAUGCAACCUCAAAUACAAGUUAUGAAUAAGCUUUUAGAUUUGAGGGAAAAUGAUGUUCGUAUGAUAGGGGUAUGGGGAACUGGUGGAAUUGGUAUGACCACAAUUGCUAAAGCUGUUUAUAAUUCAAUUGCCCACAAAUUUGAAGGUUGUUCCUUUUUGGCAAACGUGAAUGUUGAUAAAGGAGUCACUAUGACAAAGGAAUGGUUGAGGCGUAGAAAGGUUCUCUUGGUUCUUGAUGACGUGGAUGACAUGGAACAGUUACACAGAACGUUCAAAACAAGUGAGCCUUCUUUGGCUUCGAAAGUUCCCGGUUCAUGUCUCUGUGGUGGAGAUAUAGAUAAAUGGAAAGCUGCAUUGGAGGGUUUCAAAAGCCCAAAAAUUCAAGAUGUUCUCAAAACAAGUUACAAUGCCUUGGAUGAUAUUGUCAAGGAGGUUUUCCUUGACAUCGCUUGUUUCUUUAAGGGUAAAAGUAGAAACUAUGUGAUAGAAGCUUGUGAGCUAAACACUAGAUAUGGCAUUGAUGUACUCAUAGAAAAGGCCCUCGAGUCGCCCACUGAACCCGGAGGACGUAGCAGAUUGUGGUUCCAUAAAGAUGUCAAGCAUGUUCUGACUAAUAAUAAAGGAACAAAUAAAAUCACAGGCAUCAUGUUAAAUUUCCCCAAAAAAAGUUAUGAGAUAUUCUUGGAUGUUGGCAGAAGCUUCUCGAAGAUGAAAAAUGUUAAAAUUCUCAUGAACUACAACGUAUACCUUUCUGGAGACCCUAGUUCUAUCCCAAACAAUUUGAGAGUGCUUGAUUGGAAAAGAAGUCCACUUAUGCUAGCUCCUAGUUGGUUAAGUGAUUAUCUUGUUGAUGAUCUGCUUGGAAUUGUUCAUUCUAGAUUGGUCUGUUUAGACCAGGUUGUGUAG